AUGCGUUUUAGAGGAUUCAAAAGAAGAACAAAUAUCAUUCAUCAAGUUUUGAAUUAGUUCUACUCAUUUCAAUCAAAACGUGCAUGAAACGAAAAUAAUUUAUUGUAAAAUUUAAAUAAAUGACAAAAGUAAGUAAGUAAAUACUGAAAGUAAGAAAAAUAAUUGCCCAAGUUUAGUCUGCCUCCUGAGCAACUGGAGACACCAGUGUGGUGGCUUGGGUUUUUUUGUCAUACCACACCACGCCAGAAGUCGCAGAAGUAUCACCCGAAAGUACUGUGCCGCUUGUUUGAGAGAUCCACCAAAAAAAGAGUUGACCACGCUGUCACUAUCAUCAAGGGGGAGAAGGGAAAGCUGGCCACUUGCCAUAGGCCUUGCUUGUAGUCAAGGGAGGAAGGAACAAGCUUUCUGAUCACUAGAAAUGUCAAUCAUGCAAAGGAGGGAAGAAUGGAUUAUCGUAUCUACAACUAUCGUUGAAAUUUUAAAGAUAAUCAAUAAAUAUCUAUUUUAUCAAAAAAUAAUCAAUUAUUAUCUUUAUAUCCUUGAUGAUGAUAUGUGCAAGACUUAAGUUCAUAAUAUCAUAGUACAUCAUGAGCUGCUAGGUCAUAUCUACUUGGUCAUGUGGCGUGCUGAUAAGUCUUCAUUAUCAUGAGUUAAUAAUUAGUAAAUAAUAUAGUUUUAGCCUUAACUCAUGAUAAAUAGACUUAUAUUUGUGUUAAAGCAUGAAAAGUGGUUUUCAGUUGAUUAACGUGAAUUUUUGGGUAAUUAUGUGAUUUUAUACGAUUUUUACAGUCUUAGUUUUGAGAUAAACGAAGAACAAGAAAUAAAAAUAAAAAUAUUGCAAAAUGGGGAGACCCGCCGGCCAGCCGGGCCCGCAAGCAGGUCGGAAGCGCAGUCGGGGAGUAGCCGCGAGCAGGGGCUCGAGCGGCUUGCUUGGAUCGAUAGGGGCACGUGUGCGCCACUCCCCUUCCACGUCACCGGUGGUCAGCCGGCUGUGGGGCAAGGAGUGGUCGUACACGCGAGAGGAUUUUGCCUACAAAGCUAA